AUGGAGAUGAAGAUUGGCCAAUUAUUCAGACAAAUAUCUGCUUUGCCAAGUUCAAGUGGAGGAUUCACCGGUGUGAUCGAAAGAGAAGAGAGUGGAAAUCAAGGUGACAAAGAGGAAAGAGGUGUCACUUUUGAUCAACUCAUUGAUGAAAACCGCCCUUGGAGAAGGACAAAGAAACAAAUUCUGACUGAACCAAAUCCUUCUUUACCGGAUUAUAUUAAACCAUCAUUCCCUAUAAUUAAGAAGAAACCGAUUCAAGAAGAUGAAGCAGUGGUGUUUCCGAAGUUCAAGGAAAUGUUAACUACUCCUCAAGUAAGUAUUUCGUUCCAUGAAAUUUUAGAACUCAUGCCUAAAUCUGUUAAAUUUAUGAAGGCAUUACUAAAGGGGAUGAAAGAGAAAGCGGUCAAAGAUCAUGUAAACAUGAUCGGAAAUAAUGACGUGGUAAUAUCUCAAGCUUUGCCAUCAAAAUUAAAAGAUCUAGGUAAGUUUACUAUUUCUUACAAUAUCGGUGAGGUGAGUAUUCCGCAUGCUCUGUGUGAUGUUAGAACUAGCAUAAAUGUCAUGCCACUAAAAAUGGUGAAAGACUUGAAAGCGGGUGAGAUCACACCGAGUAACAUGACUCUCACUCUAGCUAACUCAUCUGUUCCUCAACCGGUUGGUAUUUUCUGUGACGUUUUAGUACAUGUUGAUGGACUAGUAUUUCUUGUGGAUUUUGUAGUGCUGGAUACGAAAGGGGAUUCAGGAGGAUUUGUGAUUCUCCGACGAUCAUUCUUGGUGACCGAAAAAAAUAAAGAUUGA